GCACCAUCAACUCACUAAUUUCAACGCUAUAGUCGAACCCAUGGAUAUUUCAAACGACGAUGAUGAGGAUCUCAGACGCGCGAUUGCCUUGUCGCUACAGGAUGUUCAAAGCAGUGAAACACCGCCACCAAAAGAUAUCAUCGUUCUGGAUGAUGAUGAUGACGAUGAAGACGAACAAUUACGACUUGCCAUGGCACUGUCGAUGGGAAAGGGAGAGGCCGCUGAGUCUGCUCACUCCUCAAGUCUCGAUGUCAACUCUCUCGCGUCCCAGUCCACGUACGCUGCACCAUCACAGGACAAGGAGCCCUCUAAAGAAAACGUAGGAGCAAAGCCAACUGCUGACCCAAAACCCAAAGCCCCGUUCGGUAUACUAGGACUGGACCGCAAGGCCAUGGAACAAGAGAGGCUCGCAAGGUUAGGGAAACGCAAACGCAGCAUCUCACCAGAGCGUUCCUCGAAAAAGGAAGCCGUUCUACAUGGCGGACAGCAGCCUUCUAAUGAGUCUCAUCCGAAGAUUGUAGGAACUGGGAGUGCUCUUCAGUACCCACGGGGUACCAUAAAGCGUACUUGGGCGGUCAAACAUCCACGGAAGAGCGAUAUCACAAUCGAGGAAGUCUUCCAAGCAUCUACUCUCAACAUCGUUGUCAUUAGUGCGUUUCAACCAGAAAACGAAUGGGUCUUUAGUAAAAUUCCGCCUGAAAGAAUCAAGCAGAUCUGGAUUAUGAGCGCAAAGGGCGAAGAUCUCCGACAAAAGCUUUUGGCUGAAGUCGACGAUGCCAAAAUACCCAACUUCAAGCUGUCUUUUCCUUCAUUGGAGGGGCAGGCUCAGAAUAUGCACAGUAAACUGAUGUUGCUCUUCCACGACACCCACCUGAGAAUCGUGCUAUCAACGGCUAAUAUGAUGAAGGUGGAUUGGGGAGAGACAGGGAAUUCAUGGCAACCCGCCGUUCUAGAAAAUUCUGUCUUCCUCAUCGACCUGCCACGCAGAGCAGACGGAGGGGUUUGUUCGCGAGACGAAUUGACUCCUUUCGGGGCAGAUCUGAUGGAAUUUGCAAGCGCACAGGAGCUCGGCAGGGUUGCAACAGAAGGACUACGAAAGUUCGACUAUGACGGGGCCAAAGACAUUGCAAUGGUCCACUCCAUCCCUGGACCUCUUACUGGGGAAUACUCUGAUCGCACUGGGCUCGCAGGACUAUCGAGAGCCCUGAGGCAGCUGGGAUUGGAUGAUGUAGAAGACAUUGAGCUUGACUAUGCGGCAUCGUCUCUUGGCGCAAUCAAGCCCGCAUUCUUGCUCCGACUCUACCAAGCCGCCCGAGGCGUUGACACACGCGGCGAUGGGGCUGGUAAAGAACCAACCGAUUUUCUGGAUCGGAUACGUAUAUACUUUCCAAGCCAGAGCACUGUGAACAACAGUACUGGCGGACCUGACUGCGGCGGAGUAAUAACCUUGAGCCGUCGGGACUACCUCAACGAUGUGUUCCCCAAGAGGUGCAUGCGAGAGUACAAGUCGACGAGACCGGGUGUCCUCUCUCACAACAAGAUGCUGCUGGCUCGUGGGCGCAAGAAGAACGGAAAAGGGGUGGCCUGGGUGUACGUCGGCUCUGCGAACCUGUCUGAAUCCGCGUGGGGAUCGCGAAGGCUGCUGAAGACGGGAAAAGAAGGAAAGGUGAGCAUUCGCAACUGGGAGGCAGGGGUCGUGGUUCCGGUACCUGCAGAGAGGCUAGAGAAGGUCAAGCUAGGGCCCGGGGAGGUCCCGCCGAUGAGUGUGUUUGAGGGCACGGUAGAGAUACCGUUUGAGUAUCCGGGAGAAGAGUAUGGAAACGGGAACAAACAGCCCUGGUUCUAUCGGGACUAGGACAUAUGAUGUAUGUAUAUAAUUAGGCACCGACAUUCUACUGAUGGCAUUUAAAAAUGUGUCGUGGAUCUUGAAUAAAUGCAACCAAGGAGGUCGGCAAGGACCGCAUGCAUUAAUGACUAUGGAAACAGGAUUUGCGAGGUUCAGACGAUGAUGAUUUUGAUGUGAGCUAUAUACACACGGAGCGGUUGUGGCACUGGUAGACGGUAGGGCAGCUGGCCUGGCAGUGCAGCCACAGCGUAUCCGGUACCGGAAAAUACGAUGAUCCUGGUGGAAGGAUGGAUGAUG